UCCGGCUUCAAAGGCAUCGAGAGCAAUCGUAUCCAGUCUCUUUUGAAUUCUCUACCCCCGGUUUCCUGCAUUCGAAGCCAUAAAAAAUAUGCAUCUGACAACGGCUAUUGCUGCCACUGCUCUUGUGGCUACUCCCGCUUGGGCUAUUGGUUCAUUUAAUUUUCCAGACAACAAUAUUCAUCACGGAGUUCACGAAGACAACCAUGCUCCACAGGCUUGCCUCAGGGCUUGCUGGCAUCGUCCCCGUUUAUGUCCCGCGCGCAUGAUUGUUCUUAGAGUGGGCAAUUGCUGGACUUGCUGUCGACAGGGUCAUGAUGCGGACGACAACAUGAUACAUAAGUUCUUCAAGGGUGGCCACCACGCAGAAAACGAUAACAUGAUACAUAAGCUUUUCAAGGGUCGCGGCCACGCGGAGAAUGACAAUUUGCUAAACAAACUAUUCAAAGGUGGUGACCAAACGGAAAACAACCACGGGCACUUCGAGGAUGAUAACAACAUGCACGAAGGCUUGAAGCACAUACAAUUCGGCGGCGGAGACCAUCACGGUGACUCCAAGCAUGGCCGCCACAUGCACCACGACAAGGAAUAUGGACACUCCAAACACGGCGGCCAUAUGCAGGAUGAGAAGAAACAUGGUGACUUCAUGCAUGGUGGCCACAAGCAUGAUGGCCACAAGCACGGCGGCCAUGGACACGACGGCCACAAGCAUGGCGGCCAUGGACACGGCGGCCAUGGACACGACGGCCACAAGCACGGCGGCCAUGGACAUGAUGGCCACAAGCACGGCGGCCAUGGACAUGAUGGCCACAAGCACGGCGGCCAUGGACACGACGGCCACAAGCACGACGGCCACAAGCACGGCGGCCAUGGACAUGAUGGCCACAAGCACGGCGGCCAUGGACACGACGGCCACAAGCACGAUGGCCACAAGCACGGCGGUCACAAGUACGGCGGCCAUGGACACGACGACCACAAGCACGGCGGCCAUGGACACGACGGCCACAAGCACGACGGCCACAAGCACGACGGCCACAAGCACGACGGCCACAAGCACGACGGCCACAAGCACGACGGCCACAAGCACGGCGGCCAUGGACAUGAUGGCCACAAGCACGGCGGCCAUGGACACGACGGCCACAAGCACGACGGCCACAAGCACGGCGGCCAUGGACAUGAUGGCCACAAGCACGGCGGCCAUGGACACGACGGCCACAAGUACGGCGGCCAUGGACACGACGACCACAAGCACGGCGGCCAUAUGCAGGAUGAGAAGGAACAUGGUGACUUCAUGCAUGGUGGCCUCUUGCAACCCGGAAAGCAACAUGGUGACUUCGUGCAUGGUGACCACAUGCAACACGACAAGGAAUGUGGACACUCCAAACACGGCGGCCAUAUGAAAGAUGAAAAGAGGCAUGGUGACAAGCACGACGGCCACAAGCACGACGGCCAUGGGCACGGCGGCCAUGGACAUGAUGGCCACAAGCACGGCGGCCAUGGACAUGAUGGCCACAAGCACGGCGGCCAUGGACAUGACGGCCACAAGCACGGCGGCCAUGGACAUGAUGGCCACAAGCAUGACGGCCACAAGCACGAUGGCCACAAGCACGGCGGCCAUGGGCACGACGAAAAUGAAUGUGGACACUCCAAGGGCGGCGACCACGGAAAGACAUACGGACGCUUCAGGGGCAGGCACGGAAAGAACUGCGAGGCCUAAGUUUCUACUAGGAGAACGGAAAGUUCUUCUAGGAUGGCAUCGGGAGAUGAAGCGGAGAACCGACCAUAUUUGUCCUAUAUUAGAAUCCGAAGUGAGGCGGUGUCUAAGCGGGGAUAGAAUUUGGAACUGCAGUGGCUUUUAUCUUUGUUUCUCUUGUCGGCAAGUUUCUAUCUUCGAUGUUGCGAUCCGAGAUGAACUUUGAAUGUUGCUCCCAUGAUUGUUAUUCUUUAUUUCAGGGUGAUUUGCCUGUCUUUACUAUUUUAUCUCGGGAUCCUCGAGUUUAUAUAUUUGUAAUAUUAAAAGCUUUUUUGUCAAACAAACAGGAA